CUCUCUCACGUUCCCAUCUAAUCCUAGACACCAACCCCAUUCAAGAGUUUUCGUACGCUUUCUCCUCUUUUUUUUUCAGGAUUCUUUUUUGGCUCUGUUAUGUUCCUCCAUUAAAGUACCUCUUCUCUGUCUCAUUUCGUCUCAUGUGUUCUGUUUGACUCGAGGGACGUAGCAAGGAAAUGCUUGAAUCUGGCUUCGAGUGAAAAUGGAAAUGAAGACCAUUCUUCGAUCGAUCAGCUUUAAUGACAAUGAAUCGGAUUCAACCAUCACUGAAUCACCUGAAACUAUAAAGACGCUAUACAACAGAUCCCUUAGCGUCAAAGGGACACAACGAUCUAGAAUUUCUCCAGGGGAUGUGGAGAACAAUUUUUCUGGAAAACCUUUAACUUUUAUGAAAGAACAUGACAGAUAUAAAACGCGAAGAUGGAAACCGUUUCUCGACAACGAUAUUGGAAACGAGUUUUUAGCUUUAUUAGGUGACGGAAGAUACCAAGCUGCGUUGAAGUUGCAGAAGGUUUAUAGAAGCUUUCGAACCAGAAGAAGGCUAGCUGAUUGUGCUGUAGUCGUUGAGCAAAGAUGGUGGAAGGCACUUGACUUUGCUGAACUUAAAUGAAGUUCUAUUUCGUUUUUUGAAAUUUGAGAAGCAGAGACAGCAGUUUCACGCUGGUCUAGAGCAAGAACAAGAGCUGCUAAGGUGGGUAAAGGCUUGUCAAAAGACGAGAAAGCUAGGAAGUUGGCUUUGCAGCACUGGCUUGAGGCAAUCGAUCCUCGACAUCGCUAUGGCCACAAUCUGCAAUUUUAUUAUCAUGCUUGGCUCCACUGUGACAGUAAACAACCCUUUUUUUAUUGGCUUGACAUUGGACAAGGAAAAGAAUUAAACCACGAAAGAUGUCCAAGAUCAAAACUUUACCAGCAAAGCAUCAAGUAUCUUGGUCCGACUGAAAGAGAGGCAUAUGAAGUGGUAAUUGAGAAUGGGAAACUAAUAUAUAAGCAAAGUGGGAUAGUUCUCGACACAAAAGAAGGUCCUCCGGAUGCAAAAUGGAUCUUUGUCCUAAGCGUGUCUAAAAUAUUGUAUGUUGGAAUGAAGAAAAAGGGGAACUUUCAGCAUUCGAGUUUCCUGGCCGGGGGAGCCACAUUAUCUGCUGGAAGAAUUGUGGUCGAUGAUGGUGUUCUUAAGGCAGUUUGGCCUCACAGUGGACAUUAUCUUCCAACAGAAGAGAAUUUUCAGGCGUUCAUGUCGUUUCUUAGGGAGAACAAGGUAGACCUCACCAAUGUAAAGAAGAGUCCAGAUGAAGAAGAUGGAGAAGCUCUUGCUAAGGUCAAGAGAAUGCCUUCAAGAAUCAAAGAGACCGAAGAAGAACCAUGUGACUUUGUGGACGCUGAGACCGGUGAAAGUCCAAACGCUGAACCGAACAGUCAUCCAGAGCUACAAAUAUUAACAAGGUUCCAUUCAAAACUUUCAAGACCGAAGAUUGACAACCACAUGACUGAGGACGAUCAGGAUGAUCAAGAAGAACCUGAAACGCCAUCAGAACAAGGGUAUGAGACAGCAGAAGAGACAUUCAUAGCUGAGGAAGAGUUCACAUAUCCAAAAUCGAAUCUAUUCGAUGAAGACAUUGAAGAAUACGAGAAGCCUGUCCCGAAGGAAAAGAUAAUGAAACGGAUAGAUUCACACAAGGGAAUUAAAUCAUACCAGUUAGCUGAGCGGCUACAUUCGAGAUGGAGUACUGGUGCAGGCCCUAGAAUCAGUUGUAUGAGAGAUUACCCUUCAGAGCUUCAAUUUAGGGUUCUUGAACAUGCUCAGCUAUCUCCAAGAGCUUCAAGCUCUUCUUCUAACCCAUCUCCUUUUGCCCCGGUUAGAUCACGAGGAACAAGUCUGGGGAGAAGUCCUUUGGCUCAAGAGCUUGAGGGGCUUUAGGUCUAAAAUGUAUAUGAAGCAAAUGCUCAUUGAUGAAGUGACCGGCUUGAAUAUUUUUUCAUUUUUUGUUACGCAAGGUGCAGAACUAAUGAACAAUGAUCUUCUUAAGUGCCUUCCUUCUUC